UUAUGCCGAUCAGGCAUAACUAUACUUUGUAGUCCAUCUGUUUCUCUGCAUAUUUUGUUACAUAUAUAUACACACAUACGGUUGGCUGAUAUAUUGAUAACGGUCAGAUUCAAACUUGUGAUUCAAAAGUAUUCAAAGUCCUGAUGUCACACUGAUAGGACAAAAACCUUAAGAUGCAUGCUCCAAUGCAGAACAAUUCAGAAAAUGUAACCCCUUAAAGUUGGUAUUGCAAUUCACCACAACAUUUGCAUAUCGAUUAGGACCUAAUAUUAACCAACACAAUAAUAGACAAACCAAGACGCCUCUGGGAGAACGGAGGAAACAUAACCAGUGCUAAAAUUUGUAAAAGAUACGGUGGACCACCAAUUUUGUUGGGCAUAUGUUAGAUGUGAAACCUGGUAGAAAGAAGUUCAACAAGCAAAAUCAGCCCUUUGAAAGAGACAGAUAUCAUACACCAGUCUGCCUGUACACACCAGUUCCAAUCAGCCCUCUAGCGAGACUGACAGUCUCAUGUUGUGGCCCAUUGAGAAAAAGCUACAACCGAUCAAAAAGCUGCUGAGUGAGCUAAAACGAGGCCAGAGCUUAACUGCCCGUAACAUCCGGCCCCUGACCACCCCUGUGGAAAACACCCCAGCCAAGCAACCAAGCCUCCGUCCUCUUGGCCCACACACCCCUCCCUCAGCUGCCUCAUGUUUGCCGUGGCCCUGGGCUCUCUGGGCUGGAAAAAGGGCCUCGCUGGUGCUUUUCGGUUAAGCCUCUCCAGCGUGUCAAGCAAAAGCCCCUGGGGAUUACCUUAAUGCUGCCCCACAUGGCCCAGAGGGGAAGUCAUCAGAUGUGGGAUCAGGCUGAUGGGAGAGUCCUGGGCCGACCGUUCUGAACAUAAGCUAGAUAGACACCCAGACCACACAUAUACGCUGAACGUGUGUUUGUUAAGGUCUGUUAAGGUCUACAGUAAGCCGAUUGUGCUGUGAUGCAAUGUUUUGGCGGUGGUUUCAGAGCGUCCUACCUGACAAACACAGAGUCUCACGUGAGACAAGUUGUUAUAGGAAGUUCACAUUUUAGUGCCCUGUGAAACCAUCAAUAUAGAACAUAAACUGAAUGUAAAUAGAAUUAAUUGCAUAACUUACAAUGUAAUUAAUAUGUAAUUACAUAGUUACAUAUGCUAGUAUGUAGUAAUAAUGAUAGUAAUAACUCAACCUCUGAGGGUUAUUUGGGAGGUGAGGUGACUUUAUUUUAACUACUCUGUCUUUUGUUAAUGUGGGCCAAUCUCAUACCUUUGACUCUCUGUUCCUUGUAAUGUUCUCCCUCAUCUCAGGACAUAAUUAGCUUUUUAGCUAAUAUUUAGCAAAUUAUUUUUGGUUAAGUAAGCAUAUUUUUUGGCAUGUUAUCACCAUCAUGAAAAUUACAUAUAAAAACUCAUUGAUUAUUUUGGAUAGAAAAUAAACUGGCAAUAUUCACAACCCCUGGUUCGUGUCACCAUCACUCUGAAGAAAUCUGAGUGGGUAAGUGUCUCUACAACUACCCACUUCACAUUAAAACAUUCUGAAUGACAUUGUUUACCACACUCAUUGAAUUUUGCAAAAGAAUCAGUUGAAUUUCCAUAGUAAGUGAUGCUGUGGUUACAAUAUGUACAGUGAAGGACAUUAGAGUGGUAAAAAAAUAAAGAUAUUGCCAGUAUACGUGUUAUAUACAGAGUGAAUGUAGAGAAUAGCAUAUGUAAAAUAAGAAUGCAGAGUAAAAACAUGUACAGUAACUGUCUGUGCAAUGUUAUAAAUUGAGCUAUUUUUAAUUGAAGUGCUUCAGUUAAGUUGAGCAUUUAAAAGUAAGGCAGCAUGUUCUGCUAAUAUCACACCGAAACCAACCUGGUACCUGGUAUCAGACUGGAACAAUUUCUUCUUUCCAUGUUUUGCUCUUUCUGUAUACAUGUGAAGUUCAGAACGUAUAGUUGCUUUUAAUGUAGUGCUUAAGGCUGGAAAUCUGUGGCCUACCUGUUUACUCUGUGCCUUUUGAAUAGAUACAGGAACCCCAUUGAUGGUGAGUGGCCUUCUGUGCAGUAUAGGAAUGUGUAACAUUCACCUCCUAAUCCCUGCUCUUUAUCAGCAUCAGGCCCCUGCAGUUGUGCUGGUCCAGGCAUUAUGUAAUCUGUAUAAUGUAUGUCAAUAUAUGUAUUUAGUGGUGUAUAAGGGUUGUUUUUUGGUGUGAUCAUCUGUAUAGACAACUGUUCAGAGCAUCUCCACCCAAACCACCAUGCACAGCAAUAGGAAGUGGCCUUUAUGGCAGUGAUACUCUUCAGUUGACAGACCAUGACCCACUCCUGAAUCCCCCUCCACCCCUCCAAGCUUGAGGUCCAGUUUGUUUUGGCAGCUGCUCACUUUCCGGCGGUGGCAUAGGCUGGCAACCGUGCCACUGCCUGGAGCCGUCCAGGGCCAGACUGUCGUCCGCAGGUCAGUGAUUCUGCUGACACCGGCGUUCCCACCAUGAGCUAAUGCCAUUCCAGAGAGAUCCCAGUGUAAGCCCCUCUUUCUGCCACUCACCUAUAUAAAGGCCGGGGGUGGCCACGGCUGAAGGUAGCACGCACCGUUCGUGGAUCCCUGCCCACUUGCACAGCCUUCCACAGCCUCCUUACAUCUCCCUCCAGUGGUCUUGUUCUUCUCAGUCAAAUCCCAGUUCAAAGACUACACCAAGGGUGUCCCAGGCAGAGAGGCCGAGACUCGCCAAGACCUGCUAAGCAACUCCAGUCCAAGUUAAGCCAAGCCAAGUCAUUAUGGAUAUUGCCAUUCAGUACCCCUGGUUCCGACGCGCCCUGGGCUACCCCUCCCGACUCUUUGACCAGUUCUUCGGGGAGGGCCUGUUCGACUUCGACCUCUUCCCUUAUGCCACCUCCACCAUCAGCCCUUACUACCGGUACUCGCUCUUCCGCAACUUCCUGGAGUCCUCCAACUCUGGCAUCUCUGAGGUGAGGUCUGACAGAGAGAAGUUCACAGUCUACCUGGAUGUGAAGCACUUCUCCCCGGAGGAGCUUGAUGUGAAGGUGGCAGACGACUACUUGGAGAUCCAUGGCAAGCAUGGGGAGAGACAGGAUGACCACGGCUACAUCUCCCGUGAGUUCCACCGCCGCUACCGCCUGCCCUCCAACGUGGACCAGUCGGCCGUCACCUGCACCCUGUCUCGCGACGGCCUGCUCACUGUCUACGGGCCCAAGACAGAGGGCUCAGAGACCGGCCGCGGAGAUCGCAACAUUCAAGUCACCCGUGAUGACAAGACCAACGCUGCCCCCUCCUCUUAGGCAGUCUUAAAUGGCUGGCGGAAAAGGGGGAGCAAGUGGGGGCUCAGCUGGGGGCCUUGGCUUCAAGCAAGGGGGUACCUCACAAGUAGGUUUGGCGGUUAGGUUAUAAAUGAUCUAACCCCUUGCAGUUACUAAACCCUCUCCCCACUUUGCCCCUAAAGGUAUCAAUGUACAUCUAGCCUAAUACCCUCUUCUAGAUCUUAGCUAAAAACUAUGAUUGUUAAGAUGUUUGAUUAUCAUACUAAUGUGAGGAACAGAUAAAGAGGAAUGGUUGGGGUCUGGAAAGUUUGAGACAACCAUUUGAAAGCUUCCCUUAAUCCAAACCCCUCACCUUCUGGUCAAUGACAGUCUCGUCUCAAUCUUUUCUCAUCUUCUCUACAGGAUCACAUGAACAAAUCCAAAAAGGCCUUUUUGGCAGAUUUCAGAAAUGUGUUUGGCUACUCUUGCUAAACAGGAGUAUGAUGUCCUGCUCUGAGAGAGUACGUCAAAGCAGAGUGUAGAGGGUUUGGUUAAGGUUAAGUCUUGUUCUCCUCAAGGGGGUUUUGAUCUGUAAGAGGCUCCAACACUGGGACCAUCCAGCCGUCUGGCUAGUCUUCCUCACCUGUGUCCACUCUCUUCUCGCCCUAUCUCUUUUGUCCCACUGACUUUUCUCUCCCUGUCUUGUAGCCUCUAGUUCUGCUUAUAACAGCCCCUUUCCUGAGGGGUCUACUAAAAAAAAAAAAUGAUCACAAUAAAGUUGUAUCAUUAACCAAGAGGCAAAAAAUCUUGUCUUUUUAUUCUAUUACACCAUACAUGCCAUGCUACUCCUAUAUCACAGGACAGGUCUUCAGAGAGCAUUUCAUUUAGUGAGCAUAAUUUAGUUAGAAACAAAAUACUAUGCAUUACACCUGUAGUCUAGAUAGAUAAAUUAAGAUCAAAUUAUAUUAGUUCAAGGGUCCACUGAUGUACAUCUUCACACUACAGUCCUCAAGAAAGGUUUACUUUGAGUUAAAGCACACUUUGACUUAGAACAGGUUUUCACAGUUAAUUUAAGUCUGAUGUUUGAUGUACUAGAUCGUUAUCAGAUAGUACUGCUACACUCUCAGUUUUCUAGGAUAACUUUCCUAUCUUGAAAAAAAUUCUGCUAAGCAAUGAGGCAAGUAGAAGAAGCCUCUGCGGAGGUGGUUCAGUCUGGGGUGUCACAUCAUUUAAUGGACCAGGAACCCCUAGCAUGACAGGAGACACGUGAAGACUUGGUAAACCUGGCUGACCAAUCUCAGGAUCUUAAAAGGGCCCACAAACUGUGCCUAAACCUUCGACAGGGAAGCCUUAGUCAGAUGGGUAUGCAUAGCCUCCUAUGCCCAUUCACUCUAGUGGAACCAGCUGUCCACUGCAGGUAGAGUUGAAUCAGGUCCCAGGGAUACAAGGGAUCCCAGACAACCUGAAAAGAUGAUUUAACAAAGCUUCAGCUGGUUGAAAUGCUAUGCUAUCAGUCAACUGCUAUUAGGAUUUUGGAAUGACCGUUAGCCUAGAGUGAGUUAGUUAUACAGUCUACAGAAGGCCAGGGCCACAGCAUCCAAGUUCCACUUUACUGGUUAAGACCAUGCAUGGGUUUUUACUCUGGGCACAGACGGAACAAGACUGAAUUCUGAACAGCGUACACUGUAUAUCCAAAAGUAUUCAGACACUUCUUCUAAUUAGUGAAUUCAGCUACUUUAAUGUGAACCUAUUGCUGGCACAGGCAUCCAACUGAGCUCCAUCCAAAUACGUUUGGGAUGAGUUGGAAUGGAAUUUGAGAUCCAGAACAAAUCAAAGCCUUACCAGAACAGGUGUUACUGCAGGAAAGGGUGGGGGGCAAUUAUUUUAAUAGCCUUGGUUUCAGAAGAAAUGUUGGGUGACCUGUUUUUGGACAGGUAAUGUAUGUGAUUCAAUAAAUGCAAAUAUAAUGUGCCAAUGACAAAAUAGUCAACAGGUUCUUAUAACACUUUAUACUAUAUUUGGUCAUUCAUAAAAUACAAUAGGAAGCAUGCUUAGAGUGAUUAAACACACAAUAUGUAUAAAUACAAGCAUGGAAAUUUCCCUUGUUAUGAAUAAUAGUACUGAUCAAUCAGUCUGUCAUUCAUCAUCAAUCCAGUCCAACUAAAAUACUUUCAUAUCAGGCAAAGCAUGUAACACACAUAGAAUAUUUUUGCUUAUUCAAACAAACAAAAAAGAACCAUAUAUAUAUGUGAUAUAGAACCUGUUUUUAUUUUUUGCUGUUGUUACUUUUGCUUAAUACUAUUACUUGUUGAAUAUUCUCAUGCAUAAAAUGAAAAAUAAAUAACUUUGGAAAAAUAUAAAAGUAAAAUAAUAAUGGAAGACAGAUUGUGUGCACUCAUCUUCACUGAAUUGAUUGUCAGGAUGCAAAAUGUUUUUGACAAACUAAUCUAUAAUGUGACAAUCAGUGAUAGACUUCUUUAAAUAUGUUGUUUAAGAAAAAAAAGAGGCCAAUGUUGUUCCCCCGUUAGCAAGUUUGCAUACUUGAUAGCCAUGUUCCUCUUUUCUCCCACAAAGCUCUGAACUGUCCAAAUAGUGGCCCAAACAGACAUGAGUGUCCAUAAUUACACCUGGUUGAACCUUUGUGAUCACAGCCUUUAUGUUUUAUGUGGCCAGUUCACCAAUAUCGUCAGAUUUACACAAAUUACCCCUUAUAUCGUCACUGUCAAAAAACAAAAACAAA